AGGUGAUAUUCUAUGAUGCAUUUUGUUAUUGUUCUCAUAUUAUUUACGAGAUGUUCCAUCGCAUAUAUAUUGUUUUUUCAUAAUAUUUAUGAGAUGUUUAAUAGUGGGUGCAUUUUUAUAAUUUUUAUGCUAUUCGUAAGAUUUUACAUGGUGCAUUUAUUAUUAUUUUUAUAGUAUUUACGAGAUGUUUCACGGUGUACUUUUUAAUGUUUACAUAUUAUGCAUUAGAUGUUAUACGGUUUAUUUUGGAUUGUUGCAAUGAUCAAAAUUUAUUUUUUUAACAUAAUAAUUAAUUGAUAUCUUUAUAAAUUAAAAUAUUCCAUGGUAUAUAUAUAUUUUUUUAUAACCUUUGUUACAAUGCUUUUAAAGUACCAGUGGUACUUGCAGGUACUUUCCUUUCUUAUCUUUUUUUUAAAAAAAUUAAAUAGAUUACACAUAAUUAAAAGGGUAUCAUAGCAAUUUCUUACUAUUUUUUUACUAGGUCCCACCAAAUUUGUACUUCUUGGUACUUCACAGCACUUGUCGGUGUUUAGACCCGGCAACCUACCGAGGGGUGCCCGAGAUAGUGUUUUGGUUAGUGGGGCUCGUCGAGAUCAGAAACUCGAAGGUAAACGUAGACACACGAUUUAGACAGGUUCGAGCUGCUAGAUUGCGUAAAACCCUACGUCCUGUGUGUUGGUUGGAUUAAAUUGCUUUGGAGGGAGUCCCUGCCUCGCCAUAUAUAGUUGAGGGCAGGGUUACGAUCGGUUGGUUACAAGAAUACUAGUCGGAUAUGACUAGAGGAGUUCUACUCUUAUUACACGAGCACUUUCCUAAUCCUCGACUAAUUCCUAUCUUUCCAUGUAGACUACGCCGUCCUGCGUCAUGGUCUCCAUGUUAGAUGCGUCUCGGUCUCCAACCCUAUAUUUAGGAUUGUCCAAACAUUGUGGUGGGUGCAUAGAUGUAUGCGCAAUAGUACUUCCUUUGUUUCAUCCACCAUUCGAUUUCUCGUGACGGACGGCUCUCAUUUUUUUGAGCACUCUAAAAUCUCUUUAUUUCAUUUGUUCCACAUGUUGGAUCAUUUUUUAGUGCAUAAAUUUCUUUCCAUACAUUUCAUGUCCAUUCAAUACAAAACAUUCCUUGCACCCUGUUUGAGUUUGAAUGUAGAUAUUAAAGCUUGGAAUUCAGAAUUAGCAUUGGGUACCCUCAAUCUAUUUGGAUGUUCAUGGAAUUCGAAUUGAAAAUCCCCUUCAAUACCAAAAGGUAUUGGGUGUACAACCGCAGCCCCUUCCACAGUACCGAGCCCUCCCCCUCUAUGUUCAGCGGCAUUUGUUCACCUCAUCCCCUCCGCUGUCAUGCAGUUUCCUCCUCCUCUCCGUGCGCCACUCUUCUCAUUCAUUCCACCGCCGAGGCCCGUGCUGGACGACUCCUCCCCGCACGCCACUCUCCUCCUCCCCUCAGCCACCAAGUCGUGCGCCGGUCUCCGUCGUCGCGCCGCAGACCACAAAGUCUGUUACCUUCUCCCUGUCACGUGUCACAGGUCUUGGUUGGGCUUGAUUCAGGUCUGGACCACCUAUAGGUGCCUUACGGAUGGUGGGCAUUGAUGAGGCCUAUAACCUUAGGUGGUGGAGGUGAACUGCCCAUCACCUUUCCAUCAUCGUAUAUCUUGAGUUUGCACAUACGGAAUAUUAAAAAAUUUACCGUAUUUUACUGAAACCAUCAAUUAUUUUUAAAGGGGUCUUUUUUUUACUUACAGUACUUACACGCUGCCAUCCAUCACUGAUGUAAAAAUUAUCCUACCUGAUACUCCCUCCGUUUUUACUUAUAAGAUGCGCACACGCAUAUCAAAAUUCAAAAUUUACAAUCUUUGAUCAAUAAUUUGACUAUCAAUUUUUUAUUUUUAUAAUGUAAACUUUAUACGGUUGGAUUCGUAAUCAAAUAUACUCUGUAACCAUAAACAAUAUAAUAUAAGAUAAAGGAAUUGUCAAAAUGUUAUUUGGAAGAUCGUGCCAAGUUCUACCAUACCCACUGUUCGCCUAAAUGGCCUAUUUAAACGCUAAACAGAGACCUCCAUCUUGUUUAGGCCCUAAACGGUGAAUUAAAUGGUUGGACCGUUUAAACCGUUAAAAACUGUCUAAACCAUCUAAACAGAAUCGAGUUAAACAUGAUUAAAUGAGCUAAAUGACCAUUUAAUUCAUAAUUUACUUAAUAGGAGGAUUACAACUAUACCACAAUCAAUACUAAACUAAUUAGCAUCGUAAGUAUAUGAAGUGUUGUGGGAUUUAGAUUUCUUCCAAAAAAAUUAUUUGAUAGAAUACUUACAUUUUACAUUUGUAAAUAUGUAGACUUUCAAGCAUAUUUGACUUUUAUAUACAUAAAUAUGUAUAUUUUAGUGUUAUUAUAUAAAAACAUUUAGGUCAUUUAAACGACCUAAACGCUAAACAAAGGGUGACCGACUAUUUACUGUUUAGCGUUCAUGAUAAUAUUAUCGUGCCUUAUAACAUAGCAAGCAGUGAUUCUCCGUAAUGCUGAAUUGAAUCGCAGACCUAAAAGGAAAACAGAUAGCGUUUGAAAAACAUUUAAAACACGCGCGCAUGAAACAUCUGCACAAAGAAAAUAGAACACGAGCAUGGAAAGGCGGGAAAAGUCGAAUUAAACAAAAUCAGAGUCCGGCAGGAAAAGAAGGAGAAUCUCGUCAAACAAAACAAAGGCCCAUAACAAACAAAACACAGCCUGCAGCUGCAGCUGUUCAAGACGUAUCGUUCCCAUCACUAUAUAUACUACCAUACUAUCCACCACUACAAGGUGUGGCCGUGUAGCUUUCCGACACUCUCGGUGACCUUUAUUUGCCGAUCAAGCUGAAAAAGCUAUAGAUCGUGCAUCGUGUGCGUAUCUCGUCCAGAUUAUUAGUUAAUUGGAUGGUUAUUAAUAUAAGGAUAGCAAAGGCUCCGAACUAGUAAAUUCUAACCUUUAAAUUCCCAUUCACCGUGUCCACCAAACCAUAGCUUCCCUUCAUGGUUGACAGGAUUUAACUAGGACCCUGACACUUCUACUUUGAAUCAACUAGUAAUCGCGUUGCUAACUGCGUUUCAUGUGCCUUUAGAUGAUCAUCAGUCAGUCCCCUCCAGGUCCAACGGAACAACCCUGAAGCACCACCGACUCGUCCACUUCCUCGGAGUACAUAUGUGUAACCAGCAAAAUUAAAGUUUGCUUAAUCUGCAAGAAAAUCAAGGUACAGGCUAAACCCUAAAACAUAUUUUUUAUGGUACAUUAAUAAAUUAUACUAAGUUAUACUGAUGUUCGAAAAGGACUACUAAUCCGUACACCUGAUCAUCUAUUCAUCAUGUUUGGUCGGUUUAAACAUAAUCAGUGAGGAAGAUAUACCUUAUAUACACCAUGCAUGUAUUAUUCUUCCCUGAUGAUAUAAUAGUCUAAAAUUAGCAUGAUGUAUAUCAUCAUCUAUCUCAAUUGAAUACACAUACAUGUGAAGGCAACUCACUGGCUGCAUGUGAACAAUAGCUGGGGAGCUUGAGAAACUCUCCCCCUUCAAAUCUUUAAAAGGCAACCCUGGCAUGAGGACUUGAACACGCACGCAGCACUAGCUCUAGUGUGAGUACAGGAGAAGGCACAGGUUUCUUCCUUCAUUGAGCAGAGCUCUAGGUAGCAAUGGCUCGCGUCUUCGGCACGGCCGUGUUGCUUCUCCUCCUGCAGCUGUCCUCGUCGUACCCCAUCGUAGUCCUUGCCGAUUCUCCCGUGCUUGGCCGGAAGGCCGGCGUCGCCGCCGACAAGCCAGCCGCUGAGAAGGCGCCCGCUGGGCCCGGGAGGUACGCCGUCAUCUUCGACGCCGGCAGCACGGGGAGCCGGCUACACGUCUUCAGGUUCGAUAGGCAGAUGGACCUCCUCGGAAUCGGCGAUGACAUCCAGGUCUUCGCCAAGGUGAAGCCCGGGCUGAGCUCAUAUGCUGGACGGCCUCAGGAUGCUGCCAACUCCAUACUACCUCUCCUUGAGAAGGCCAAAAGCGUGGUCCCUUCACGGCUUAUGAAAACAACCACUCUUAAGCUAGGAGCAACUGCUGGUCUGAGACUUAUUGGUGAAGAAAAAUCAGAGGAAAUCCUUGAAGCGGUUAGGGAUCUUGUUCACACAAAAAGCAAAUUUCAGUACAACCCCAACUGGAUCAAUGUUCUUGAGGGGUCUCAAGAAGGACAUUACUUAUGGGUUGCUCUGAAUUAUCUGUUGGAUAAAUUGGGAGGAGACUACUCCCAGACGGUAGGUAUCGUUGAUUUGGGCGGUGGGUCGGUGCAAAUGGCCUAUGCUAUAUCUGCAUAUGCUGCUGCUAGCGCUCCUGCAGUACCUGAUGGAGAGGAUCCCUAUGUUACAAAAGAGUAUCUUAAAGGAAAAGAUUACAGUGUCUAUGUUCACAGUUACUUGAGCUUUGGUGCUUUUGCAGCACGGGCAGAGAUUUUGAAGGCAAAGAAUGGGCCAUUCAGUUCCUGCACGCUGCGUGGAUUUAGUGGUACAUACAGCUACAACGGGAAGAAAUACGAUGCAACUGCUUCACCAAAAGGAGCAAAUUAUGAAAAAUGCAGGGAAGAGAUAACCAAGGCACUGAACCUAAACGCACCAUGCAAGACAAAGAACUGCACCUUCGGCGGUGUGUGGAAUGGAGGAGGUGGAGCUGGCCAAAACAACCUCUAUGUCACCUCGAGCUUCCACUAUCUUGCCUCGCGUGUUGGAUUCAUAGACAGUGAAGCUCCCAGCGCAAAGGCCACUCCAGCCGCAUUCAGAAUUGCUGCAAGGAAGGCUUGCCGAUUGGGUGUUAAGAAAGUAAAGGUUGCAUUCCCCAAGAUUGAAGACUCCAAUGUGCCAUACUUAUGCCUGGACCUUACUUACCAGUACACACUGCUCGUUGAUGGCUUCGGUCUGCCACCAACAAAGAAGAUCACAUUUGUAUCCAAGGUGAAGCACGGCGAGUACUUCAUUGAAGCCGCAUGGCCUCUGGGAACUGCUAUUGAGGCCCUGUCACCUAAAAAGCAGACUGGGAAUAAUUGAAUGAUAGUUUCUGGUUCAGCAAGGGUAUAUCAGUAUAUGUCACUUAACGGUGGCUGUGUGACCAUGUUAUGUGUCACGCUAUGGGGUUAGCAUUCAUGUCCAAUAAUUUUUUAUUCACAAAUAAUUCAUGUACAAUGGCUUGAAUAUGACAAUCAAGCUGAAGAUUUGUUCUCAAAACCUUAUCGUGAAAAAUUUAAUAAGCUUGCAUAAUUGUAAACUUGUAAUACACCUUAUCUUUGAAAUUUA